CCGGGCCCCUCCCGCCGCUCCGCACCGCUCCCGAGGGCUGCCGCUGCCGGCGGUGACAGCGGACGCUGCCAUGUGGCCGGCGGCUCUCCCCGGCGCGGUGUCGGCCAGCGAGGCGCUGCUGGUGGCCGCGGUGUUCUGCCUGGUGUUCCUGCUGCUGCAGCGGCUGCAGGCGGCCGUGCCCGAGGGGCUGCGGCGGCCGCCGGGCCCGCGGGGCUAUCCCGUGCUGGGGAACGUGCUGGAGCUGCGGCGGGACCCGCACCUGGCGCUGACGCGGCUGAGCCGGCGCUACGGGGACGUGAUGGAGGUGCGCAUCGGCACGCGGCCCGUGCUGGUGCUCAGCGGGCUGGACACCAUCCGCCAAGCCCUGGUCAAGCAAGGAGACGACUUCAUGGGGAGACCCGACCUGCCGAGCUUCCAUUACAUCUCCAACGGGCAGAGCCUGGCGUUCAGCCCCGACUCCGGGGAGGUGUGGAAAGCGCGCAGGAAGCUGGCCCAGAGCGCCCUGAAGAGCUUCUCCAUCGCGCCCAGCCCCACGUCGUCGUGCAGCUGCCUGCUGGAGGAGCACGUCUCCAAGGAGGCCGAGUACCUGGUCAGCAAGUUCCUGCAGGUGAUGGAGGAGGGGAAGAGGUUCGACCUCAACCAGUACCUGUUGGUGUCGGUGGCCAACGUCAUCUGUGCCAUGUGCUUUGGGAAGCGCUAUGAACAUGACGACCAGGAGCUGCUCAGCCUGGUGAACCUGGGCAAUGAAUUUGGGGAGGUGGCUGGGGGCAGCCACCCCGCCGACUUCAUCCCCGUGCUGCGCUACCUGCCCAGCCGCACCCUGGAGGUCUUCAAGGACAUCAACCGGCGCUUCAACGCCUUCGUGCAGAAAAUUGUGCAGGAGCACUACAGCAGCUUUGACAAGGAGCACAUCCGGGACAUCACGGACUCGCUGAUCGGGCACUGCCAGGAGAACAGUGCUGGGGAGGAUGCCCGCGUGCAGCUCUCCGACGAGAAGAUCAUCCACAUCGUCAACGACCUCUUUGGGGCAGGCUUUGACACCGUGGCAACUGCCCUGUCCUGGAGCCUCAUGUACGCUGCCUUGUACCCUGACGUCCAGAGGAAGAUCCAGGAGGAGCUGGACCGCACCAUCGGGCGGGAGCGGCGGCCGCGGCUGUCGGACCGGGGCACGCUGCCCUACACGGAAGCCUUCAUCCUGGAGAUGUUCAGGCAUUCCUCCUUCCUGCCCUUCACCAUCCCACACAGCACCACAAAAGCGACAGUGCUGAACGGCUACUACAUCCCCAAGGACACCUGUGUGUUCAUCAACCAGUGGCAGGUGAACCACGAUGAGACGCUGUGGAAGGAGCCCUCAGCCUUCCGGCCCGAGCGGUUCCUGAGCGCGGCGGGCGGGGAGCUGAGCCGCGCCGAGAGCGAGAAGGUGCUGUCCUUCGGCCUGGGCCGGCGCCGCUGCCUCGGCGAGACCAUCGGCCGCUGGGAGAUCUUCCUCUUCCUCACCACGCUGCUGCAGCAGCUGCGCUUCAGCCUGCGGCCCGGCGAGCACGUGGACGUCACCCCGCAGUACGGGCUGACCAUGAAGUACAAGAAGUGCGAGGCCUUCCAGAUCCGGCCGCGCUUUGCCGCCGGGAGCGCGCUGUGAGCGGCUCGAGGGGCUGGAGCUCAGCCUUUCUCUGCUCCACUGCUUCCUCUCGUGGCCUGGCAGCUCUUCCCAGCCCCAUCCCACGUGGGUUUUGCCCGGAGGUGUCUUGGAGAGAUCCACCCUGUGGUGUCCUGCACCAGCCAUGGGCAGCUCUCUCCAUGCAAACAGAAACAAACCUGCAGGUUCCUCUCUGAGGAUCCUGCCCGGCCUUGUCCCAAGGGGUGAAAUCCUCUUUUCCAGCGCCUUGUGCCACUGGGAACGGAUCCUUCCUGCUGCCUCAAAAAGGUUCUGGAGCCUUCAGCAGCGCCCACCUCGAGGGGACCCAUCCUGGGUGCACCCACACACCCAAAUUCCUUGAAUGUAAACUCAUGGAGUGAAUUCCUGAGUGUUCCUACUGAUUUAAAAAACAAAAAUCCACCAGCGGAGCCGCUCACACAUUUAGAUUUUAAAUCACCUCCUGGAAAAUCUCAAAGGACUGGGAAAAAGGGAACUGUAGGACACUCCUGGCUUUCAGACUAACUCUGCACUUGCUGCCUUUUUUAAUAUCAGGGUGUUUUUUUCCUUUAUCAAGCAAUAGAUGUCUGUGUCCAGGUAAGGAGCAAGGCUCUCAGGAGUGCAGGAGGUGCCUUUUGCUGCCCUCAGCUUUAGCCAGCAGGAUGGUGAAGCCUCUGGCAAAUGGAGCAGCAAUUCCUGCCUCAUUGUGCCUGUUUGGGAUGCAGUUUUGUGCUGGGAUGGAAACCACACCACAUUUCCAACCCAAUAAAUACUUACAUGGACAUCUCUUAA